AUGCCUGAACAAUCAUCACUAAACUCCUUAUAUUCUGAUAUUACAGUGACAAGAAAUUCAUAUUUUAUUGACAGCAAUUUUAAAAGGAAAAUGCAAGCCCCACUAAAAGAUAAUUCUCAGUCUUGCUUAACUGCUCAAUAUAAUUCAAGAAAUACAAUCAACAUAAUAGAGGCCAGAACUUUAAAAAAUAGAGAAAAUUCGUUGGGUGAUAAUGAGUUUUCUAAUGAACAUAUUGGGGUGAUGAUGGCUCCAAAGAAAAUACGAAUAGACGAUGAUGAUGAUGACGAUGAUGAUGAUGAUGACAAUGAUGAUAAUGGUAAUGAUCUUUACUCUGAUUUGUUUUCUCAUUCAACGUCGAGAUUGAUGUUUGAUAGAAAAAAAAAUAAUAACGAUGCAUACAAUACACUUACAAGUAAUUUUAUUGGGAAAAACAAUACUACAAAUGACAAUGACAGUAAUAAAGACAAUGGAAAUUAUACUUAUAAUUACAAUUAUAACGAUAAUACUGUUUCUACCAAUAACACCACAAUUAAUAGUAAUGCAGAUAAUAAUAAUGCUGAUAAUAAUAAUAAUAAUAAUAAUAAUAAUAAUAAUAAUAAUAAUAAUGGUAAUAAUAAUAAGGAAAAUAUUAAACUGAUUGAAAUUUUCAAUUUUAAUAAAAUUGAAAACUUUGGAGAUAAUAAAAAUGAAAACUGUAAUAGCAAUAACAACAGCAAUAACAAUAUAAAUUCUUUUAAACUACGAGUUCCACUAUCACCAGGAUAUUCUACAUCUCCUACGACGCCUAUAUCGAUGGGGUCAUCGACAUCAAGGAGAAGAACAAUAUCCAAUCAUAAACCUACACCAAGUAUAUAUUCAAGACAAAAUUACCAAUUUGAUAAACCAAUUAAAAAAAUCUCCACCCCAAUGCUAUUCUACAGAAGUUGA